GUCUGUGGGCCGAGAACUAGAUGAUUCCGUUGGUUACUGACUGCGAGUACACAGAGCGAGAGAUUGAAGGGGCUGGGCCCACAGUGGAGAAAUGGCGAGAAUGGUGAACGCGAGCGGGUGUGGAGUGGAAACACAGAGCACGGAGCCGGAGGCACCGGGCCGGGGUUCGGCCAGAUGGGGUCCACAACACGCCGGUGCCCAAGAACUGGCCACUUUGUACUCACCAGGAAAAAGAUGUCAAGAAUGGCUUUGUGUCGCCCUCUGCUUCUCUCUCAUGGCCUUCAACUUCAUUCACCUUCUUGCCAAUUUCCACCUGGGACAUCUGUGGUACAUCCUGUUGAGCAUUGUGGCAGGAAUACUCACUGCAGACUUUGCAUCAGGACUUGUUCACUGGGGGGCUGAUACGUGGGGAUCAGUGGAUUUACCCGUCUUUGGAAAGGCCUUUAUACGACCAUUUCGAGAGCACCACAUCGACCCCACGGCCAUUACCCGUCACGACUUCAUUGAGACCAAUGGUGACAACUGCAUGCUGACCAUAGUCCCGCUAGCAAACAUGGCCUUCAGCUUCCUCACCCUCUCCCCCGCGGAGAUUCACCAUUUCUACCCCUGGUACUGCUACUUGUUCGCAUUAGCCAUCUUUGUGACCCUAACCAACCAGAUUCACAAGUGGUCACACACGUACUUCGGCCUGCCUCAAUGGGUUGUGUUCCUACAGGACUGCCACAUCAUCCUCCCCCGCAAGCACCACCGCGUCCAUCACGUCUCCCCUCACGAGACGUACUUCUGCAUCACCACAGGUUGGCUGAACUACCCUCUGGAAAAGCUGGGUUUCUGGAAGAACCUGGAGGAUCUUAUCCAGGGUGUGACGGGAGAGAAGCCCAGGUCGGACGACCUGAAUUGGGCUCAAAAAGUCAAUUAAUGCCGCAGGCUACCUGCACCCUACCUCAGAAGGCCCUGGCUCCGUCCAGGCUUCUCAUCCCCCCCCCCCCCUUUUUUUUUUUGGCCUCACACGAACUGUAAUCUAUAGAAAGAAAAACUAACAAACACUUUCUGAUGCCAUAGCUUUAAGUCUUGCACAUUUUGUCUGUUUUUCAAGAAGAGGCCUCUGUUGAUGGAAUUUUUUCAUUUCUCACAAAACGCAAUAUAUCCUAAACUCUUUGUACGUCUAAAACAACUCAUCACUUUUUUUUUUGAGGUGAUUUUGCAAAUGCGUUUGCUAAGAAGGUUUAUUCAGAUACUUUACGGUCUGACACAGAUUACUUGUAAAUCGGUUCCGAGGAGAUUAAAAGAUUUCCCUUAUGUCAGAAAAUUUGAAACAAUCCCAAAAAAGAAUACUUGAAAGAAUGAACGCUCAUUUUUUUUCUCCUCCAGAGAGACAACUGAUGAGUCUCGUUGUAUUCAGCACUGCUUUUUAUUGUCUCCGGAUAAGUCUUUGCAUCUCAUCAAGGGUCGACUUGAUGAGCAAGUAAUACAAUUGGAUUUAGGCCAUGGCAAGUAGUAGCGCAGGAUUCCUGGAUGCUUUACCAAUGUUGUUGGCUGAAGAACAAAAUGGUUAAUUACUGUUACAUUUGUUGAUUUCUUUCGGGGCUGUUUUGUUGAAGAGAGGCGAUGACAAUAUUUGAUAGUUUAGUCGUGGAUUUGUCAAUUUGAGACUACAGAUGCAAUGGAAGAGUCGAUGCUAAUCUAAAGCCAAAAUCAUCCCUCCAGGAUGCUAAAUGACGGAUCUGACAGCUCAGAGAACGGGUUUUAAUUUACACAAACCAAAAUAUAAACAACCAAAUUGCUCCUAUUGCUGUCAGAUCCUAAGCUGUUAUGCUGAUUGAAAUUUGUUAUUUUAUCUUAUCUGGCCAUUGGAACAGUUUGCAUUUAUGUCUUCGAUGAUGGAGGAAACAUUUUUACAUCAUAAUUUGAUCUGAAAAAGUGGAAAUGUGUGUAACUGUCGUCAGCAUUGAUGCUGGGCCGUUAGAAAUUUGGGCAAAUACACAUGUAUCAUGCUGUCGUUCUGCUGAGUCAGCCUGACUAGUCUCUUCGAUGGUCAUGCGUCCUCUGAAAAGCCUUUUUAGUUUUACUUUGACUCCUGGUAAACACACAGGUUUGCAGGAAAGAGGCAGACACAGUUUUGUCAAGCUGCCUUACGCACCACAGAAGCAGAACUUGUGUCCUUUCUGUCGUUGUGGUGUUUCAUUCACUGCACUUCUUUGUGUUGUCGCAACUGUAAUUCUGUCUUUCUGGGAUUUGUGUCUUCUUUAGUCAGACGCAGAUACUCCAAAGUUAUGUGCCAACAGUGUGUAACAUGUUUUCAUUUCUUCACUACGAGAGAUUAUGUUGUUAAUUGAUUCGUCGGAAGAUUUUCUUUUUUUAAAAAUGCUUAAGUCAGUGAUUUGUAAAUGUGUUGUGCAGCGAAUAACUAUGCAGUGUAAUACGAGGCCGUUAACCAUAUGUCUUAACUCAUCUGCUUAGAUUCAAAUGCCUUUCUCUUUCUACGAGUUAACACAUAGUUGCCAUUUUAGUUGGAAAACGGGAGCUUAAAAAAAUGUGCUACUUAAACAGCAUGUGUAAAAUGACAUGUAACAGCAGCUAAGAAUGCGUGCAUGCAUACGACAUGUGAUAUACUGGGUCACCAGCUUAAAUCUAAAGGAGCUAACCUUUCUGCUGGUUGGGUCGACCAGAUGAAAAAGCUGAAUUAGUGAGCUUGAUAUUGUAGUCGAUGAGUAUAGUUCAUUUUGAAGCCAAAAUUAUGCUUUAUAUGAUGUAAUAUUCCAGUUUUUGAAUCCCUCAUACUUGAUUAUAUAGAAUUGUUCGCCAUAGGUCAACAACAAAAAUAGACUGCAGAUUAACGAGUGCUGGUAGAGUAUUGUGAGAAACAGUUGUGCGUGUGCUAGGUAGCGUAAUGCUAGUAAAGGGAUGCCGUUACCCGUCACAGCAUCAAAGGUUAAGGCUCGUGUAGAAGUUUUACUUUCACAGUUUUUUUUUUGUUUUUUUUGUUUUUUUUUCAUCAGUAUGAGACAAAAUAUAAUUUGGGAAUGUAGACUCAUUAGCAUCAACGUUGACAGACAACUUGUUUUAUGAAUAGGAGUUUUGCCGUUGGCUGUGAAGGAUGUUUUGGAACUUCAGCAAAUUGCUUUUUGUGAUAAUAUAAAAGUAAUAACUUUUCAUGUUUUUAAUACAAUAUUAAAGGAUAAUGGUUAGUGCCAUAAUUACUUUGGAGAUUGACUGAACUGACAACCUCUUGUGAAUAUAUUUGGUGAGCUCAGAAGGAAGCCACCGCAUAACAAUGUUAACUUGGAUACAGACUCGCCAUAAUCGCUUCUUGUCGUAGUUGGGAGUCUGGUUGUGCGUAUAGAUCUAACGUGCAUUAACUUAUUCUUCAUUCUUAUUCUCCAGAUGAUCUCAGGAUUGUGGUUAAGUAGGUUAUUAUGAAAUUGUGAAAAAACAACAACAAGUUAGGCCUUUAAAUAGAUAAAAGUUGUUUAAGUAUUUUCGUUCGUCUGUUGGCCAAAGUAGCUGAAUGAUUUAAAUGGGUUAAAGGUUCUAUUGUAACCAUAUAUCAGCAGUUAACUCGGCCUCUUGUUAUCAUGGAAGAAUUAGUGAUAAAGCUGUGUUUGGUUUUUCUGUUUCAGAGACAGGCGUCAGUGGAUUUGAAGGGUAUUUUGUGACGAUGUCUGGUUAACUUAAAUAUUUUCUCAAUUGGAAAUUGUGGAAGCAAAUGAAGUCGUUGGUAAAUGGGGUGGGCAGUACGUUCAACACGCUGUGUUUUAAUUCACUUCUGUAAUGAUCCCUGGACUUCUUAUUGAAUUACCUCAUCCUCUCCCUGAUGGAUUCACUGGAGUUCUUGGCAGUGAAAUAGUAAAACAAUUUAUUGACCGACUUUAAUUUGCCCUUCACUUGAUUCCAACUUCUGAGGUGAGACCCAUAUCUUAUGGAUGUUGUUGUUUGUUAUGUAUGCUGGUGGUGAUGGAGUUUUCGAUAUCAGAAUAAUGCCUUGAUGCCUUUUUGUUGUCUUCCAUUCGGGAGACUUACAAUGUAUAUAUUAAACUGUAUUUAUAAAUAAUCUAAAUAAAAGGUUGAUAAUUACUACUACCUGUUUUC